UGGGGGGGAAGCAGAAAGAACAUCGUCGCAGUUGAAAGAUAACGCUGAGGCGGAGGUCGGGACAAUCCGAGGUUGCGAGAAGGCGCGAAAAUGACGACCCCAGAGACCGAGAACAUCUUCGUCUUCGUUCCGAACAUCAUUGGCUACGCAAGGAUUAUUUUGGCCCUCAUAUCGUUCUAUUACAUGCCAACGCAUUAUGCAGUGGCCGCUUGGUGUUACAUUAUUAGUGCACUGCUGGAUGCUUUUGACGGACACGCGGCCCGGUACUUCAACCAGAGCACCAAGUUUGGAGGCAUGCUAGAUCAGUUGACAGACAGGGCAGGCACCAUGUGCUUGUUGGUCACGUUGGCGCAAUUUUAUCCCGAAUACACGUUCUGGUUUCAGAUCAGCAUGACCAUCGACAUUGUGUGCCACUGGAUUUACUUGCACACAACUGUUCUACAAGGAAAAACGAGUCAUAAAUUUGUAGACAUGUCUGAAAAUCCUAUCAUGAGCGUGUACUACACUAAUCGUACAGUUUUGUUCUUUAUGUGUGCUGGCAAUGAAGCAUUUUAUUCAGCUCUGUAUCUUUUGCAUUUUACCGAAGGACCAGUGUUUGUUGGUAUUAGUCUAUUCAGAGCUAUAGCCUACUUGUCAGCACCAGUGGCAAUUGUGAAAGCAUUAAUUUCUCUCCUUCACGGUUAUGUGGCAUGUAUCAAUUUAGGUAUAAUUGACGUGAAGGAAAGGGAGGCUUUACGUAAAGUAAAAUAAUUUAUUUUAUCUUAAUCAUUUCCAACUUGCUAGUCAAGAUGAUGAAUGUGAUUGUAACAAUCUUUCCAUAUUCUAUUUUAUGUUAAUACUCAUGUCUUCUCGAGUAGAACAGAUAAUGAUAAGUCCCAAAUGUAUGUUUAAUGUGUUUAUGAUCACCAAGUCAAUUAUAAUUUCUACCUAUCUAUUUUGAAUUUUGAUGCUGGGCAUCAAUGAUCUCAAACAAGAGUAAAAAUCUCAAACAAAUGGUUCUCGUAAUAUUAGUUGCAAUAUUUAAUCUGCUUCUGAUAAUUGUGACUACAGCAUAAUUAAGAGAUCACCUUCAUAAAUAAUUAUUUUUUAAGUAGCUGUACUUAUCAUGUUGGACUAUCAAUAGCAUUUAACUUAAAAUAUAUACACAUAUAAUAUAUUUUAAUAUAAAAAAGAAAAAUGGCUGUUAGCUGUUUAAGCAAGUGAUACUAUAGUUUGCAUACUGAGUACAUUCAAAGACUUGUUAAUUACGUACUGUAUUGAUGAUUCAUAAAUUAAAAAUACAAAUGGAUUUAGAUUUUGAAAAUUACACUACAGAAAACACUAUUUUUUCACAUUUUUUCUACAAUAUUUUAUAAUAUAACCAACAGUUUCUUUAGAAAAACAGUCUUUGAGGUACUUCAAUCAUCAUUAAUUUAUUUUUCCAUUGACAUGUAAGGGAGUUCUCUAUUUCGAUGUAUUUUUUAAAUCAUUCAAAAUUGUCUGACAUUACUCAAUAAAAUGAUAUACUUCAUGGUA